GUUAAUGUGUAAACCUAACCGAACCGUAGUUCUCUAAUCCCUUGCUCACACUGUCGUCGUCUCUCUUCGAGAUGAGCUUUUGCGCGGGUCAUCCUUCCUUUCCAUCAGCCUAUAUCCUUAGCAAACUUCUGCUAUCUUCCAAAUUCUAAGUUUUAUAAUGGUGAUUAGCAGUGGCGUAUUUUUGACCCGUACAUGUUACUUGAGGCUGCAACCGCCAAGCCUUGUACUGCGCCGGAGAUUCUGCGCAGCCACAACGGAUUGCUCUGUUCCUCUGAACGGGACCAAGAAGAGAAAGUCUGAAAAAGAGAAGGUGAUUGUGAUUUCUGGGCCCACCGGCGCCGGAAAAAGCAGACUUGCUAUGGAGCUCGCCAAGCGUCUCAAUGGCGAAAUCAUCAGUGCUGACUCCGUUCAGGUGUACAGAGGCCUUGAUGUUGGAUCAGCCAAGCCAUCAGAUAGCGAUAGAAAGGUGGUGCCUCAUCAUCUUAUCGACAUUUUGCAUCCGUCUCAAGACUACUCUGUGGGGCAAUUUUUUGAUGAUGGAAGGCAAGCUACCAAGGAUAUUCUUAAUAGAGGGCGUGUUCCCAUUGUUACGGGUGGCACUGGAUUGUAUCUGCGAUGGUUUAUCUAUGGGAAGCCGGAUGUGCCUAAACCUUCUCCAGAAGUCAUCGCUGAGGCCCAUGAUAUGCUAGUUGAUUUUCAAACCGAAUAUAACUGGGAAGCAGCUGUGGAAUUGGUGGUCAAUGCUGGUGAUCCAAAAGCCUGUUCUUUACCUCGUAAUGAUUGGUACAGACUACGUCGUAGCCUCGAGAUACUCAAGUCAACUGGAUCUCCGCCGUCUUCCUUUCGCAUUCCAUAUGAUUCUUUUCGAGAAAAUUUAAAUUCUCCUGAUGCCGAUGACUUGCUUGAGGAUGGUUCAUCUGCUGAUAUCUCCAUCCAAAACAUAGAGACAGAUUUGGACUAUGACUUCCUUUGUUUUUUCUUGUCAAGCCCACGGGUUGCUCUCUACAGAUCUAUUGAUUUCAGAUGUGAAGACAUGCUUUCAGGACCCAAUGGAGUUUUGUCAGAAGCUAGAUGGCUUCUUGAUCUUGGUCUUCUUCCAAACACAAAUCCUGCAACUCGUGCUAUUGGGUACAGACAGGCCAUGGAAUAUCUACUGAAAUGUCGUCGAUAUGAUGGUGAAAGUUCCCCUAGGGAAUUUUAUGGUUUCUUGAACAAAUUUCAGACAGCAUCCAGAAACUUUGCAAAAAGGCAAAUGACAUGGUUCAGGUGUGAGCCUAUGUACCACUGGCUUAAUGCUUCUAAACCUCUGGAUUCGAUACUUCAAUGCAUAUAUGAUGCUUAUGAGAGCGAAGGAGAGACGGUGGAGAUACCGGAGUCUCUAAGAAUGAGCAAAGACGUAAGAGAUUCUCGAGAAGCUUCUGAACUAAAGUUGUACCGCUCCAAAAACAGGCAUUUCGUAAGACGAGAGGACUGUGAUCCGGUGUUAGAGUGGAUCAGAAGUGAAGGAUGUAAGAGUGAAGCUUCAUGCGUGGAAACCGCAGUAGCAUAACCACUGCUUCAUUCUAUCCGCAAAAGCCAAAACCAAAACCAAAACAAAAGUGUGUUAGUAGACAAGAUUUUGGAUUAUGUUCUUGAUUAUACAUACAAUUAGGAAGCAAUUAAAAUUUCCAAAGAAACGAAAUCCAAAAGUUAUAAAAUCUUAUGAGCCAUUAGGAAAUUUUUGAGUUUGAA